AUGCCUGCCGGACCUACACCCAAGAAGCUCUACCGCUUUCAGUCGCCUAAGCAGAAGGUCAGCUUACGUUCUGACAAUACAAAGAUCACACGGCUGACUAAAGUGAAGCGACCUGAGCUCACGACUUCCCCAGCCUCAAACUCGAAUCUCACCGCGGUUCAGUCCGAGUCUCCAUCGCCCUUUCAAACGGAGACCCCACCUACGACACUAAGCUCUGGAGUACAGGUGCUCAGCAAAGAACAUGACAUCGCCUCCAUUCGGCCGUCAAAGGAGGCCGAUUGUACUGAACUCGAUGCUACUAUAGCUGGCAUGCACGCCGCAGAGAAACUUCUCCACCAGCGCCACGCCGCCAUCAAGCCACAACCCAAUAUUGGCAAGAAGAUUAAGCCCCUGGGUGCUAUUAUCAAAAAGAGUAGCCCCAAAGCUAGCUCUCCGAAAGCCCGCGUACCCUUAUCGCUUUCUUCUCCCAUACAUCGUCGGCAGCAGCCCGAAACUGCAAAUGAGGCCUGUGCAUCCUUCCAGCGCCGUCAGCUCAUCAAGAAUCUCGCUUUUAACGCUGCUAAUGGCUGUCCAAACGCCAUCGCUGACAUGGACCAAAUCAAUGCUCACUUCACUCUCAGGUCUCGACUCCCUGAGACCACCAUCCCCGAUCUUAUAUUGGAAUUUGGAGGAGUACAGAUUCGUGCAAGCCAGUUGGUCACUACAGAUCACAACUGGAUUGCGCGCUUCAAUGCGCUAACGAACAACUCUGAGCUCGUGGAGUCCCGGCGGAUGAGCCCCGAAGACCACGAAACAAUUGCUCUACAGCUCUUCCCUGAAGAGCGCAGUCACAUCUUAAAGCCCGAAUACUUCGAGAUAUUUGUAACAGGACUCGGUGAAGAGGGUACGCUCACUCAGGCUGAAGCAAAAGCGAUUGGACGUUUGGGUGUUACCGUCGAGGAAUUCGAGCAAGGGGGGCACUUUACUGGUCCCUCAAAGUAUGCUCGUGGCCAUCGUCAUAACCCUACUGAACUCGUCAUCUUCGAAAUACCGAAGCAAGCAAGCCGGGGCCUGGCAUCCUUCUCGCCACGGCCAUCGAUGCUCCAAGGUCGCGACUUGUACUACCAUCUCCGCAUCCUCAUUGAAGCAGCAGUCUACGACCAGAAGUUCUGGAAAGGCUAUUUCUUUGCUAAUGCGCGCUCCAAACUCGGCGAAUUUUACGAGGCCUACAACGUUUCACAAGAAGGCUGGCCACUGCCUGCAAAUCUUACCGAGUACAAGCGCCCGUGGACCUCCCGCGAGAUCCGCCUUCUCCAACGUGGCCAACUGCUCUGCGAUCUCCUUAAGAAGUACGAGACGGCCGAAAUGACGGAUUUCGGGAUCAUUCGCGCAGUCCGUGGCACAUACGUGCAGAUCCCCGCCCAGCCGUUCUUCAGCGUCGAAGCCCUCGAGUCCUUCCUCUACCACCGCAUCGCCGACAGCGGCCUCGCGGUCUCCAGGAUUCCAGAGAUCCUAGCGUUGCAUCCCGAGAACGAUGCCGUCUUCGCGAAUCCUGUUCUGCGCAACUAUGUCGUGGACAGCCUGAAUGAGCGCGCCGAAAACUACGAGAAGGAAGAAGAGCAGCGACUCAGCGAGAUUGAGACUUCAUACACGACCUUUGAGACGGUGCGAAAGGCGCAGAUGACGCCCUGGGAGCGGAUCAAAGUGAGCUUCAAGAAAGUCUUUGGGAAGAAGGAGGUGGUGGUGCCUUUUGAUCCGUUUUCACCCGAGCAUGAGGUUGAGGGACAACAACAGUGA